CGCCCUGUCGAGGUUAGAGGUGACAGAGAGAAGGAGCAAACAUGGCUGCGUCCAGGAAAGCGUCCAUGGUGCUGAAGGCUGUGAAGAAAAUCUCGGUUCACUUUUGUCCUUUUCAGUCCAACGUUCGCUCCACGCGAGAGUUUCUGGCCGCAGUGGGCUCUGAGAAGGUCAGGUCCACCAACAUAAACUGUGAGGUCGUAUCCACAGUGAAACACGACAACUCUGAACCUGUCGUGGAUGUUACGUUUGUUGACGGGGAGAGGCUGCUGAUGAAGGGCGCACAUCUGACCGGCUUUGAGAUGCUGAGCGCGUUUCAGUCACGGUGCGCAGCCAAAGACACGCAAGGAAAACCCGCAGCAAAGAAGUGAUGACAUUUGACCCGUGUUCUAUUUAACUCUGUACAUUUGUAAUAAAGGUAUCUGAUUGAAAAGUGAA